AUGGUUUCCUGCGUAUGCUAUGUGAUAGUUGUCCAUGCCAUAAUUGCUGGUUAUCCACCUAUUUCAUACUGUGCCCUAAAGGAGGCUAGAACAAAAUAUAGGCACGAGUGGAUCAGCGCAAGUCACGACCUUAACCGCAACCCAGACAGAUCACCGGAUCCUGAAGCAGAGAUAAUAGAGCUCCCUGAAGGAACGCUGACCAUAUUUAAAAAACAAAAAUCAACCCAAGAAGAACAGUCCCCUGGUCAAAGUCCAAGGCCCCACAACUUGUGGAGGAAACCAAAGAGAAAGAAGAGCACGCCGACAGGAAAUCCAAAGCAACUUGUGGUUGCUGAUGACAAUGACUCGGCUGAUGAUAAGAAGCCCAAAAAGAAAAGAACGAAACCUGAGAACAAACUGAUCAUUGGUCAAGAUCCACAGCCAAUCAGUUCUGAAGAUUCUGUCAAGAAAUUUGAGACCAGGAUGACACCAAACCAUCUCUUCCAACUCAUCACUGAAAUCAAUAAACCAACAGAUCUUGCAAAAGAGCCAGAUGCGACCGGUGCGAGACAAGUCCCAUUGAAUGGCAACAAUGUACUGGAUAUCAAACAGGAAGAUGUUGUUGUUGUACUUGAUCUUCCUCGUGGACCCAAACCAGUGGAAGAAUUCAAACAGAAAGAUCCCGCUAUAACGGAUCACGCUGAGAUGGUGGAUGCAUUCAAGAAAAGAAUGGGAUACAGUAAUAAAUUCCUGGCAACGAGAUCCACGGCGGCACAAUUAAUUGCUGGUCAAAAAGAUUUUGGUGAGUAUGAGAGAGCACAUCCGAGGUCAUUCUCUGUGAUCAAAUGUAGGGAUCAAAAGAUGCUGGGCGACAGAUUAAGACUUCAGGGAAGUAAUUUCACAGAUGUCCAGACACUUGAACGUCUCAAGAAACCGUCCUCAGCAGCAUCCCGAGAUGAACACCCAGAGGGGGAAUCACAGAAGGAGGAUACACAGGCCAACCCCAACACACAACAAGUCUAUGUAGGACUGGAGCAAUUGAGCCAGACAAAUGAUGAGGAUUCUCUUCCAGUGGGGAAAUCCGUGCCUACUUCAAAAGAAGUGGUGGUUGAUGAACAACAAACUCAACCACAAGCACAUGGAACGAAUAUCUCCACAACAGAAAAGAAGAGAUCCCAUCAAGAUUCCACUGGCCGGGAUUCGGGUGUGACAUCCACCUUACCAGAAGGUCGAGAAGCACUGGAAGAAAGUUACGAGACAACCCAGGAGAAGAACACUGAGGAAGAUAUCACAGGAAGUGUUGAUUUGGAUAAAGAUGUCAAUGAGACUAUAGAAGCAGAGGAAUAUCCAGUACCAUCUGCACUCGAUGAAACAAAGAAUCCCACUCCUUCCAUCGAUGAAAUCAUAAGAAUGGCCAGUUCACCAGCUUCAAAAUCAUUAAGUGAUACCAAAAAACUAGAGAUGAUUGCCGCUGCUGCAGAAGAAGUUGAGAAGAACUCAAAGGUGGUUGAAGCAGUCCCUUUAAGCAUAAUUCCACCCGAUUGGAAUAUUUCUUCUACCACGGGUGGUCUAGUGAUGCUGGAGAAAAAUGAGUGUACCACGCCACCGCCUGCAAUCUCAAAGGAAGCUGAUGAGCUUGAUGAAGAGUUAACAAAGACAGUGGAAAAGAUCCUCAAUGAAAAAUCUAAGAGGAGAAAUCCACCAAGAGUCCACCGGUUGCCCGAACGGUUUAGGUCGCCGUUCAUGCUGCAGAAGAAAAACAAGAAAAAAUUCAUACAGUGGACAGAGGAGAAGAAGAAAAUGACCCAAGAAGAAGCCCUGUUGAUAGACUUCGCUCUCCUACAAAGACAAGAAGAAAUAGUUAAAUCAGGAGUUGAACUGGUUAUGCCUUCUAUGUGGUGGCUUGUCCAUGAUUCAUUUGCUGGUUAUCUAUCUGUUCUGUAUUACUUAUUCACAAGAUCUGAACUGGUUAACCAUUCCUUCUUGAUGUCAUCUAGGGAUACAAUCAGUCGAUACUAUCAACAGGGCAGUAACAAAGAGAAAAUAGAGUUCACAUUCUAUGAGAGGUUGGGUCUUGAACUAGAAGAACAAGGCCUUACUGUAGCAUCCCUAUUAGCGGCAAAAGCUUAUGUGUUGCUGGUUGAAGAAAAGAAAGUGCUUGUCCUCAACAAUAUCCAUGCAAAAGAUCUGGACUACUACAAGCCAACGAAAGAUCUUCUUUUUCGGUUCUUCAAAAGCUAUGUUGCAUGCGUGUUUCCACGCAUAGAACUGGUCAGUGCUCAAUACACCUUCACAGAGGUUACGCUACCAUCGCAUAAGGACAAAACGCCGAAUGCGGAAGAUUGUGGAAUAUACACAAUGCACCACAUGGAGCGGUAUGAUAGUGGUGAGUACGAGGAUGGUACUACUUUGGAUUUCAACACAGGAAACAUCAAAGAGUACCGGUGGAAAUACAUGACAAAAAUUCUUAUGCACCCAGCCAACAAAAAUAAGGACAAAAUCUUCGAAACAAUGCACCAGUUCUAUACAAAUACUGCUGAAGAAGAACAAAAAGAAAUUCCAGAUCAUGUUGAUUUGAGCAGCAAAUCUUACUACAAUGACAGAAAAAUUCAGGGAUGGGUUAAAUGA